UGCUGACGUUAUGGUGUUGAUGAUGAUGAUGACGAUGGCGGCGCUGGAUCCGUCCCAGUUGGACCUGAAUGAGAAAGGAACCAGGGAGAAGCUGUCUCUCUGGGACCGCCGGUCCGACGGCUUGGCUCCCCUGACAGAGAGGCAGACUGACUCCGUUUUGGAGAUCCAAGCCGCUGCAGAGAACCUUACCAUUCCCACAGAGCUGCCCAUUGAAGAUCUGUGUAGCCUGACGUCUCGCUCCAUCUCUGUUCCUCUGACUGUGACAGUACCAGCCUCUACUGAGGAUAUACUUCUCCAGGGCUUCAAGUCCCUGGGGAUGGAGGAUGAGCGAAUAGAAACUGCACAGCAGUUCUUCUCUUGGUUUUCCAAACUGCAGUCACAGAUGGAUCAGGAUGAAGGAGCUAAGUGCAGACAAACCAGGGAUUUCCUCAGAGGUUUUCAGGAUCAGUGUGACGCCAUACUGAAUGACGUGAACACUGCCCUCCAGCACCUGGAGUCCUUGCAGAAGCAGUAUCUCUUUGUAUCUAUGAAGACAGGAACGCUGCACGAGGCCUGUGAGCAGCUCUUAAAAGAACAGUCCGAGCUGGUUGACCUGGCAGAGAGCAUACAGCAGAAGCUUUCUUAUUUCAAUGAAUUAGAAAAUAUAAACACGAAAUUGAAUUCAUCCACAUUAUCUGUGAACAGUGAAGGAUUUGUCCAAAUGCUGGCUAAAUUGGAUGAUUGUAUAGAAUACGUGUCCUCACAUCCCAAUUUUAAAGACUGCCCUGUUUAUUUAGCAAAGUUUAAACAAUGCCUUUCAAAAGCUAUGCAUCUCAUGAAAACAUAUACUGUGAACAUACUACAAAACCUUACCAACCAGCUAACAAAAAGGGAUCCAUCAGGUUUGCCAAAUGCUGAUAAUGCCUUCACACUGUUUUAUGUAAGGUUCAGAGCCUCUGCACCUAAAGUCAGAACGCUGAUUGAACAGAUAGAACAGAGAUCUGAGAAGAUACCAGAGUAUCAGCAGCUAUUGAAUGAAAUCCACCAGUGCUACCUGGACCAGAGGGAGCAAUUGCUGAGCCCCAGCAUAACAUCGACAAUAACAGACCUGACCAGCCAGCACAACAGAGAUCACUGCACUCUAGUCCGUAGUGGCUGUGCCUUCAUGGUCCACGUCUGUCAGGAUGAGCACCAGCUGUACAAUGAGUUUUUCACCAAGCCAACAGCCAAGUUAGACAGUGAAUUGCUGGAGAAGUUGUGUCUGUCGUUGUAUGAUGUGCUCAGACCACUAAUCAUCCAUGCCAUCCACCUUGAGACUCUCUCUGAGCUCUGUGGGAUCCUGAAAAAUGAAAUGCUAGAAGACCAUGUCCAGAAUAAUCUGGAGCAGCUGGGCGCAUUUGCUGCUUUGGUUCAGCAGAUGCUGGAGGACGUACAAGAGCGGCUUGUCUAUAGAACACACAUGUACAUACAGAGUGACAUCAUCGGAUACAACCCAGCACCAGGGGACCUGGCCUAUCCAGACAAGCUGGAGAUGAUGGAGAAAAUAGCACAGAGUUUAAAGGAAGAGCAGAAGAAAUUGCCGGCAUUAGAUUCCUCGUUUUCAGACAUUCAUUUAGAAGAUCCAGAUUCCAAGAGUGUCAUCAAAUCAGGUACCUCAGAAGCACCAACAAUGCGAUCGCAAGCUACAGUUUCUCCAGCAGAUCUGCACGGCAUGUGGUAUCCCACAGUGAGAAGAACUCUGGUCUGCCUGUCAAAAUUGUACCGAUGUAUAGAUAGGACAGUAUUUCAAGGUUUAUCACAAGAGGCAUUGUCUGCGUGUAUCCAGUCAUUAUUGAAAGCUGCAGACGCCAUCAUGAAAAACAAGACCCAGAUCGACGGCCAGCUGUUCCUCAUCAAACACUUGCUGAUCCUGCGAGAACAGAUCGCUCCCUUCCACACCGACUUUGCAAUUAAGGAGAUUUCCCUGGACCUUAAGAAAACUAGAGAUGCAGCAUUUAAAAUACUGAAUCCCAAGACUGUGCCUCGAUUUUUCAGACUGAACAGCAAUAAUGCCAUUCUUGAAUUUUUGUUGGAGGGAACGCCAGAGAUAAAGGAACAUUACAUUGACUCGAAGAAGGAAGUAGAUCGCCACCUCAAGUCCAGCUGUGAGCACUUCAUCCAGCAGCGGACCAAGCUCUUUGUGGGGAAACUGGAGGAUUUACUGACUAAGGUGGCGGCUUUGAAGACCAUGGCUAGUCAAGGAGGGCCAAAGUAUAACCUCUCUCAGCAGGCAUGGGCCCAGCCAGCAAAGAUCAAUGAUAUCAUGACCACGACAUAUAAAACAUUAAAAAUGAAGCUUCCAGCAACCUUACAGAGCAUGUCUUUGUACCUGGCCAACAAAGACACAGAGUUUGUCCUGUUCAAACCAGUCAGGAACAACAUCCAGCAGGUGUUCCAGAAGAUCCAUGCCAUGUUGCAAGAAGAGUACAGUGGGGAAGAUCUCCAGAUCAUAGCCUGCCCUUCCAUGGAGCAGAUCAACUUGCUGUUGUCUGUGAAUAAAUAACCGGUGUGAAGUAAUGCAAGUCUUUGUCCUUGGAAGAAGCAGUAGCUUGCUGUGAGGAGUUACUUGCUAAGAAGCCAGGUUACAGACCGUUGCCUUCCAGAUCACCUGCUGUUUUGCAGAUUUUUCUACAUUACUUGACCUGGAGACCUGGGGAAGCUUACAUAGGUUCCGUCUCCAGAAAAAAGUCAGUCUGUUCAGAACUGCUGCAGGCCUAGUCCAAGUCUCAUUUGGAUUACCCUGUGUUUCUUGGGAAUUUCUAGUACACUACCAAAGAUAAUGCUGUGCUGACAAAGUGGAACGUUGCCAUUGUGAUCAUUUCAAAGGCAUAGCUCUGUUUCUUGAUUUUCAUAAAGCACUGUUCAUGACAGAUGAUAGAUCAGGGUUAAAUGAACUGGCUAAGCUUAUGUUUUUAAUAUAGUAAUGACAUCCAGGCAGUAGCGCACCCUUAUUGUCACAGCCCUCCAUGUCUGUUGCUAUUCAGUGGAUAUUGCCCCAAGAUUAUUUUAUCUAAAGAUUCUAUACUUGUAGAUCUAAUUUGCCCUUCAUGCUGUUAUGGUAAAUGAGAACCACAUUAAGGGAUGAUGCCAGGGAAUCUAAUGAUUUGUUCUAAGAACUGGAAGCUCAGAUUCUGACUGAGCUGUUGAAAGGUGGCAAAGCUGGACCCCGCAGUACAUGCCAUGCCUCCUUGAUUCUAGUAUUGCAUAGGGUCACAUAGCUAUUAGAGGUGUCGUCUGUGAUCUGAACAGACCCUUGUUAACUUGUCUGAUUGUGUGCUGUGCUGUUCUCCCCUGUUGUCAUAGAACAUGCCCUAACCAGCCCUCCGUCUCUUGGAUUUACAGUGCAGUACACUGUUAUAUAUUUUAUUGUUAUCUGUCGUAUUUUAGAUUUGCUUAGUAAUUUGAAGAACUUCACCAGUUGUAAUUCAAUUAUCCAAACAUUUUGAUUAACACUCCCUGGUCCCCGUUAAAAUAGGUUUUACUAUAGGUGAGGUAAAAUAAAGUUGGGGUCCCACCUUCUUUACGUACAUUAAAGACCACUGUCUGCCUUGACCAUAGCCUUCCAAGAAUCUUCACUUUCCUUACCAUGCACUGUCUGUUUGAAAGGAGUUGCUAAAGAUUUUUUUUUUAUUUUAUUUAUAAAGAUUCAGUGGAUAUUGGAAAGGAACCAGUCUUUGCAAGAGAUGGCAUUGAAUCUAAAAAUGUACAAAAGUUUGCUUUAGAUUGUGAUCAGUCUGUGUGCGGCUGUCAUAUCCCAUAAAUACAUGUUCAAAGUCAGUUGAGGUGGGGUAAUCUUUUGAUGAUUGCCCCAAGUAUUUGCAUAUCCAUUCAAAAAAGGGUUUUAAAAGCAGCUCUUCAUAGCUGAUUUAAUCCACUGUAAUUGUGGAGGAUGCUAAUUUAUAUUUCAAAAUGUGAAAAUUAUUUGUGAAACUAUCUAAAUAAUACAAUUACGUGGAGUAGUUUAACAGCUCUCUGUGUAUUGUUUAUUAAAAUUCUGUCAUUCUCCCAAUACAUGCUGCUGAGAGUUAAACUGUGUUACCUUGAAUUUCAUUAGCUUAUCAUAUAAAGAAUCAGUUCCUUCCAUUCAUUUAUUUCAACACUUUAAGUCUAAAAGCCUUCCCAAAUAAACCAUUCGCUACCAAAACCUGGUUCAAUCUUUAUUCCUAUUUUGUUUCUUCCUAAUGGUGGGUGAGGCAACCUCUAAUGUUUAAGUGUCGUUUACAUGGGUCCUGAUGUAAAAAAAAAAAAAAAAAAAAAAAAAAACAGAAUACAUGAGAUGACUGUUUUAAAAACAUUACAGGAGUUUUUCCUUCCCUCCAUUGUGAAAUGUAAGCUGCCUAUGAACCCUGUUUUGAAGAGCUCUUGCGUUAUGCAGCUUUUGCUUUUUUCAGCACAGUAAGAUUGACGUCUCUUUUUUUUUAUUUGGUGUAUAUGCUUUUCUUCAUUUUGUGUUUCUUUUUGUUAUUAAAGCCUACUUUACGGCUUGGGUUCUUAGCUGCUAACAGGCGGUAUGGUUUCUUUUGGCAUGUGGCAUCCAUUUGUUUGCUCCUCUACAACCUCUUGGUUCCAACUUUUAUUUGUGGGAUGUCUUUUUUUUUUUUAAUUCAGUUUUGGUUAUGAUGUGUUUGUUUUUGUAGAACAAAAAAGAAAAAUAUAUUAAAUAAAUCUACAAAUAUAACUGACUGGCGCCUUAACAAAGGUCACAUACUUAUUUCCAAGUCUAUUCGUGACAAAAAAUAUUACUUUAUGUUUAUUUUAAAGCCACCAAAAGAUGACCGCUGCUUAUGUACAAAGUUAAUAACUAUUACUGAAAAAGACAUUGACUCACAAGUGACAGUCAGUUCUAUAGAAUCACAAGCCACACAUGCAGUUUAUGUAAAAAUACAAUCUAUGCAUUUUUGUAAAAUAGCUGUAUAUUUUAUUAAAGGUGUUUUAAAACUAUAAUAUUGCUAAGAGGACAAAACAGGUUGAGUGCAUCACAUCAUAUUUGAAGGGUUGGCUUCUCUGUUUAAAAUAAUUCUGUUAAUUGUCUGAACCUUGAUAUAAAAAAAUUUAUAUGGUUGUUUUCCCAUGUUUAAUCAUUACAUUUGAUGAAAUAAAAGUGUAUAUCAACUUUUAGAUAUGCAUGAUUUGUUGUUUAUCAUUUACUUAAACAACUGAUGUAAAAAUGUAUAUAACACCUCCUGCUAUAAAGUUUUAACAGUUUAAAUAAACCCAUUUGCAAUAUGUA